CCGCUGGAGCCGGAUGUUGCAAGAUGGCGGCGGCGGCGGCAGCGGCAGCUGGGGCUGCUGCUGCGCUGGUGGCGACGGAAGGAAGCGGCGCCGGCGGUUGCGCGUGCUGAGGAGCCGCAGCAGCUUAUGCCAGCAUUGCUACAUCUGCUGGUCCUCUUCAGGUGGCAAGUGACUUGGCUCCACUUUUAUCAUGCAGCCCCCUCCGCAGACGGCCCCCGCAGGGGUUGGAGGCCCUCCUCCUCUCGCUCCCUCCUGGAAUAUGCAUUGGCGAAAUGGCCCAUAUGGUAGGCGAGGAAACGCUCCCACCUCUGCAGCAGCAGCAGCAGCUGGACCUGUGCAACCUGUGACAGACCCCUUUGCCUUUGGCAAACAAGCCCCACGGGCCUCCCCGUUAAGCAGUGCACCCAAAGGAGAUCCAGCACUUGCACAAGGCUCUUCCCCAAUGGCUUUUCCUCCAUCGGCUGCUUCCAUUCCUCUUCAUCUAUCCUCCGGGGUCCCUUCUCAUGGACCGGCUCCGUCGUUAACAUCAGUCUCAGCCUCUCAGUCGGGAGCCGGCAGCACAUUUUCCAUUCCAACAGCCUCCUUGCCAUCUUUCCCCGAAGGGGCAACCAACAGCGCUGAAGCACAUCAAAAUGUCGAGCACAGCCCACACCACGCUGCAGAACAGCCUCAGUCCAUGAGAAUCGCCCCUGAAAAUUCUCUUUUGGUCUCUGUCCCAGACAGGCCGUCAGGUGGGGCUGAUGUGAGUAGGAAUCCAGGCAACCCCGGUGCGGUCCCAAUACCGUUGCCUGCCUUCCCCCCCCUUCAACAGACUGUGCCUCAGUGGAUGUCUCCCCAAAGCCCCGCUUAUUUGCCUUACCCAGAGCCUGUGUCCCGAAAUGCCUUUGCUAGUGCUGCACAUUCCAGUGUCGCUGUUUCCCAGCCAGGCCCCCCGCUGGAUCCCCACCCAGCGCCGCCUCAGCAGCCUGCACUUCCCAGUGCCACCCAGACCCCACUGACGCUUGGCGAGGCAUCCGGUGUGACUCUCCCCCCCAGUAGCGCUUGGCAGAGCCCAGGAGGCACAAGUCCAUGGGCUGGCCAGCUCCCCCAAGAACACUUUUACUUGCAGCCCCUGGAAGCAGCUUAUCCCUCGGGCCACCCCGCUUCUCAGGAAAACAGCCCCUCUGGCCAUGCCCCAGGGGUUUCUGAGGCAGGAAGUGGGCAGUGCCCACCCGAGGCAGAUUCAGGGACAAUUUCGAUGUUCUUCAAGGGAGAUGAAGCUGAAAACGAAGAGAUACUUUCAUCAGAAAAAAAUGACCGGGCUGCCACAGCAGACGUAGACGCUUUCCAGCAGACGAUGGGUCACACGUAUUACCAGCCUUUGCACGCCCACCAAGCGCCACCGGCUCCUUUUUUGCCAGCCCAGGCUAAUACAGCUGUGGCAGCAGAGGUGGCACCAAAGGAAGCAGACACCCCUCGUUUCUUUAGAACGGCAGCCGCUCAGCAGGCCAACGAGAAGGCGCCCUUCCUUGGCGAGGACAGAGCCAGCCUCGUUCAGCAAGCAGGAAGCCGUUCUGCCAGCACAAUGUACGAAAACGUUGAGAACCAGGAGUGCGUUCAAAAUCAGGAAGUUUUGCCGAGGGAGCCAUCAUCACAGCACCGUUCGUCCCCGAGGGCAGCCUCGGAUUCCAGCAGGUACGCCUCUCUGGCCCCGCUGCUUCCAAAGAACCCCGUUGGGAGCCAUAUCGAAGGAGGGCCCAAUGUAGAGGCCCCCAGCGUGUUCCCGCGGCCUGUCCGGCCUGACAGUGUCUCUUCUAACUAUAGCAACCUGAGCCACAGGAGCGCUCCUGGCGCUACCCGGCCACAAGAGCUGGGGACGUUCAUUCAGCAGGAAAGCGGCAAGCCUGAGCAGGAGGCUUCUCGGUGCUUCUUUAAGCAGAUUGACUCCUCUCCGCUUGGAGCACAUGUGGGGGAGCAGGAGCCCGGCGUGGAUUACCGCAGCCCCCUCUCUCAGGCACCAACGCCUAGCCCCCCGAAGCCCACGGGAGUGUUCCAGACCAGCGCCAACAGCUCCUUUGAGCCCGUGAGGGCCCACGGCCUGGGUGUGAAGCCCACAGAGGCUGAUCAGGCAAAGAUGGUGGCCGAGCUGAGAGAGGAUCGCCCAAACCGAAGGAGUAUCAAAAGGAGUCCUGCGGUUUCCGUGGCCUCCCCAGGGAAUCUUGAGCAGCCUCCUGACAACCUGGAAACGCUCUUCCUGCCCCCGGCCCACCCCCUGCCUCUUCCCCUUGUGGGCAGCGGACAGCUGGCCCCUGAGAAGAGGCCGACCACCCGAGCUCAGGGAACAGUGAAGAAGUGUGAGAGCCCAGCCGCGACCCUUUGGGCGCACAACGAAUUGCCCAGUUUUGGGGGCAACGUGCUCCUUGCCCCGGCCGCUCCUGCGGUGUACGUCCCAGCCAAACAAUCUGCUCAGGUGGUUCAGCCCCCGGAGGAAGCAUUGCAGAGCAAGCCAGGAUCUCAGGCUGGAAGCCUCCCAUCUGAAAAUCUGGAAAACCCUCCCAAACUGGGGGACGAAGACGUCCUUUGCUCUCAGGGAAGUUUGGGCUAUGCCAGCCUCCUCUCCUCCCCCCCGACGGAGACGCUGCAGAACAAGCCAGUCUUGCUGGCCCAGCCCACGGUUCCCUCUCUUGCCAGUCAGCUGGGCCAGCCUGGGAAGAACCAUUCGGCAAAGGAUCUGGGUACUAGUGGGAAGAACAGCUUGUCUGGCGAAAACCUGCCUAGUGUUUUAGUUCACUCGAAUAGCAGUUUCUUCCACAGCCCGCUUAGCACUGCUGAAACCACUGCCCCACAAUCACUGACUCAGUCCGUUUCCCACGCCCCACUCAGCUUGACUACAGAAGGCCCGCAGCCCCCCGCUGCAGAAGGGCUGCCUUUGGAAAGUGUGGCCAAACCUGAGGCCAGCAUUUCUCUCUCCCGCAUCAGCGCCGUGAUUUCCACUGCAGGGUCCAACAGCAGCCUUCCUGGUCGGUCUCAGAAUGCUUCAGAUAGCCAAGAGUUUUCCCAAACUCUGGAUUUUGCAGGAGCAAAGUCUCAGGAGCAAAGCAGGGCAGGAGUUGUUCCUCAAGGACUCAGCCAGCCACUUUUGGGCAGCCAGAUGUUUCCUCUGCCCCCCGGACUUGCUGGCCCUGGGGAGCCCCGGGCUCGUGGCCCGCAGCAGUUCUAUCAGCAGGUAACAAAGGACGUGGAGCCUGUGGUGCCCUCAGAUCAAGGCACGCCCUUGGUGCAGGCAGUGCCAGCCGCCGCUGCCGCAGCCUCACCCCCAGCGGCUUCUUGGCACUCUUCCGCUCCUCCCAACCUCCAGAUGCCUCCUGGAAACAAUCUUGCUCAGGUGCUGAGUCCAAAGCCUGGCCCCAGCGGUCCCUUGGAAGGGAGUUCAGCCCUGCCACCGGCCAACCACCCUCAGGCCAGCGCUGACUUCCGGCAGGGUCCCAGCAUCGCCCCUGGUGUUGGCCUUCCCCCUGGAUCAACAGCUGCAAGUGGUGGCCAACCCGCUCGUCCCCCUUCACGCCAAGAGCAGCAGUAUCCGUCGUCUUCACAGAACCCCCAGCACCCCUAUGGCCUGCCACCCAACUCCUACUACUACUACCGGCACCCGUAUGACAGCUACCCCUACCCUCCUGUGGAUCCUAGGGCUGCUCAGCUGUACUACCAGGAUUUGUAUGGCCAGUACAACUCGUCCUACGGUCAGUACGACAACACUGCUGCCUCUCGAGAUCCUGGGAAUUACUGGUACUCCGAGCCUGAGCGCCCCAGUUCCAGAGCGAGCCACACUUCAGAGAGGCCAUUGUCAAGACAAAGUUAUCCCGAUGACUAUUACACUACCAAGAGUGGAUGGAAUGGCUACUAUGGAGACUAUUACAGAAAUCCAUAUGAUAAUGGAGAUCGUUACCCAUCAACCUAUGAUGCCAAGUUCCGAGAUCCUCGGCUGUAUGACCAGAGGUAUUGGUACAACACGGAUCCCAGCCUUUACACAAAGAAAGAACCCUAUCCACAAGGAAACAGCCAUGACCGGUAUGAAGAUCACUGGCGAUACGACCCUCGUUUUGUCAGCAGCUUUGAUGAAGACUUGGAGCCGCGCAGGGACCCGUAUGGGGACGACAGUGACUGGCGCAGUGUCCACAGUGAGCAUUCGGGACACAGUCUGCACAGCUCCCACAGCCUCCGCAGCCGCCAGAGCAGCUUCAGCUCCCGUUCUCAGCAAAGCCAGAGGUAUCGAAGCAAUCACGACUUGACCAUCAAUGCCUACGAUGCUGACCAUCAGCCAGUCUCGCUCCAUGCAGACUAUUCCUCUGGGGGAUACUACGUCAACCAGCCACCUUUGAACGAUUAUAAUCCCUUAGCCCAAACUCCUUGGGCAGGUGUAGAACAAGUCCCUUCCAGACCGUUGACCCCUGAGAAAUUUUCGGUAACACACGUGUGUGCAAAAUUUGGGCCUGGGGGUUACCUGAUAAAAGUGCUACCCAACCUGCCCUCCGAAGGCCAGCCAGCCUUGGUCGAGAUCCACAGCAUGGAGAUGAUCAUGCAACACUCUUCAGAGCAAGAGGAGAUGAGAGCUUUCCCUGGGCCUCUCACCAAAGAUGAUACCCAUAAAGUGGAUGUCAUUAAUUUUGCCCAGAACAAAGCCACCCGCUGCUCUCAGAACGACGCCCUGAUUGACAAGGAAUCUGCUCGGCUUCUCUGGGACUUUGUUGUUCUCCUGUGCAGGCAAAAUGGGACAGUGGUGGGCACGGAUAUUGCUGAGCUUCUGCUGCAGGACCAUAAGACGGUGUGGCUGCCUGGGAAGUCGCCCAACGAAGCCAACUUGAUCGACUUCACCAACGAGGCUGUGGAGCAGGUGGCGGAAGAGUCUGGGGAAGCCCAGCUGUCUUUCCUGACAGACAGUCUCAUUGCCACCAUCGACAGCCUCGAGAAGGAGACCGAACGCUUCCGAGAGCUGCUGCUUUAUGGUCGCAAAAAGGAUGCUCUGGAAUCAGCCAUGAAGCACGGGCUUUGGGGCCACGCCUUGUUGCUGGCCAGCAAAAUGGAUAGCAGGACGCACGCCAGAGUGAUGACCAGAUUCGCCAACAGUCUCCCGAUAAAUGAUCCGCUGCAGACAGUUUACCAGCUGAUGUCUGGUAGAAUGCCAGCAGCCUCUACGUGUUGUGGAGAUGAGAAGUGGGGAGACUGGAGGCCUCACCUGGCAAUGGUCCUGUCCAACUUGACCAAUAACAUGGACGUGGAGUCAAGGACGAUCAUCACCAUGGGUGACACACUGGCUUCCAAAGGCCUCUUGGAUGCCGCUCACUUCUGCUACCUGAUGGCUCAAGUUGGCUUUGGGGUCUACACAAAGAAGACCACCAAGCUGGUGCUGAUCGGCGCAAACCACAGCUUGCCUUUUAUGAAGUUUGCCAGCAGUGAGGCUAUUCAGCGGACAGAAGCCUAUGAAUAUGCCCAGUCCCUGGGGACACAGCCCUGCUCUCUGCCCAACUUCCAGGUUUUCAAGUUCAUCUACGCUUGCCGGCUGGCUGAGAUGGGACUCACUGCACAAGCGUUUCAUUACUGUGAAGUGAUUUCCAAAGCCAUCCUUAAAAAUCCCAGUUACUAUUCACUGGUUCUUAUCAACCAGGUGAUCCAGAUUUCCUCCCAAUUGCGGCUUUUUGACCCCCAGAUAAAAGAGAAGCCUGAGCAGGAAUUAUUUAUUGAGCCUAACUGGCUAGUUCAGCUUCGACACUUAGAUGGGCAGAUUAAGGAGGGCUCCUUCGGGUGCAGCGUGGGGCGCUCCACACCCCAGCAGUAUGCCUCCAGCACACCAAGCUCAGAGCUUGACCAUGCCAGUCAGAACGAAGGCCUGGGAGGUGGCCCAGAAGUGAGCUCCAACAACCCGUUGUUGGCCUCCCUGCUCCCCAACAUGGUCCAUCCCGUGCAGAGUGUCCAGCUGAUGCCUUCAGCUCCUCCGACCAUUCUGGAUGGCUCAGUGGCUCUGGCCCCACCUUCCCAACUGGAGCCUGCCAGUGCUGUUCCUUUCUACCCUGUAGUGCCUCCCUCAGUGGGCCCAGGACCUGGCUUUCUGAGCCCCCUUGGAACUGAGCAGAACCCCAUGUACUUGGGGUCGACGGUGCUGUCAGCAGGCCCACCUGCUCAGAGCUCUGAGCUACAGACACAGGAGCAGACCCAGCAGGAAGCAGUGGUGGCUGAACCUCCUGUUUGGAAGGCGAUUCCAAAGUCCGGAGAGGAGGACUUCUAUGGGAAGAUGGCGAACAUGGGCCCAGGCCGACGAUCCAGAUCGACCUCUCAGUCUUCGGCCCACAUGGGCCUGGGGCAGCGGUCUCGGACCACCUCGGAGUCUUCUGUGCAUUCCGUUGGCCGGGAGAGGCGAAAUUCUGCCACCCAGCAGCCUUCUCCGCCCCCACCCUCAAUCCCAGAAGGGAAGAAAACCCCAAAAGAAGCCAAGAAGGAUCUGGCACCUCGAAAAGGCGGUGGUACCUGGUUUGGGUGGCUGAUGGGGAAAAGCAAAAACGAAGCUCAUCUUCCUGAUGAUAAGAACAAGUCGAUCGUUUGGGAUGAAAAGAAACAGCGGUGGGUCAACUUAGAUGAACCUGAAGAGGAGAGCAAACCCCCUCCACCUCCUCCCACAGGAUUUCCUCAGGCUGUUCCCUCUGGACUAAUAGGACCACCCAACGCCUCCGUCAACAUGUUCUCCAGGAGAGCAGCGGGAAGUAAAGCUCGCUACGUGGACAUCCUGAACACAAGCAAAGCCAAGUCCCCCGUUGCUGCUCCGGCUCCUGCCGACCUUUUUGCUCCCUUGGCCCCGAUGCCCAUCCCCGGAAACUUGUUUGUACCCAACUCAGUUCCUGAAGAGCAGACGCUGCCGGAGGGCGGAGUUGCACAAGAUCAGGCGGCACCAGGGAACAACGCCAUCCCUGAGUCGGCCAGAGAAGUUCCAUAUUUAAAUUCUACCGCAUUUCCACCUGGCACCGAGCUUCCUGCGUCUAAUCCGGGGGACGCCCAGUCUGGAGAGCUUUCGCGCUCUAGUUCAAUGAGUUCAUUAUCCCGUGAAGUCAGCCAGCAUUUAAAUCAGGCAUCUUCUGGAGAUCCCCCGACUGGCACUGUCCAGUUCUACAAUCCUUCUCAGUUUGCACAGUCUGCUGCAGUUCCAGCUAGCUCACGACUUGGCAGAAUUGGGCAGAGAAAAUACCCCACCUUAAAAUAGCAUCCAUUCAGUCUCUCAACUGGGCCAUUGCACAUGGAUUCCCAAAAGAUGCCAUGGGGUACCAGUGCCCUUUCUCAAAUUGAGAAUCAAUUUGGGUGGCUUCUCCGUGGAAACUGGGUGACGUUGAUUACCAAAUGCUCCUGGUUACCUAAAAGCUGGCUGGAGUGGUCAAACUUCAGAGGGAGUGAUCAACCUACAGGAAUGCAGUUGUGGCUGUCUGAAAUAGGAGACAAACCGAAGGCCAGGGGGCUGUCUUUUCCCCCUUGGCUUUACUAAAAUCCAGCUACUCCAUCUAUGAUGGACUUCUCCCGUGUCACCUUUUAACAUUACAGUUUGUGGCCUUACAGGGAUUGGGGCAUAGUUUUUAUGCAUAUAAACCACUACUUGGGUUUAUUGCUUAUCUGGCACAUUAAAAGAAUUGGCGGGGAUUUUCUUCUCCUAUCGACCUUCCCUCACCCCCAACCUUUGGGGAGGGAAUUGUAGCUGAUCCAAAUAAGCAGACAGAUGUAUAAUGAAUGGGGGAAAGGAAAAACAAAACUGUGACCUGUAAUCUAAGUUUUAAUUGGAAGUGGAUUUUCUUUAGUGUGUAUGUAAUUUGCGUCUUAGGCUCCUUGUAAAGCGAACUGUAGAGUCAAAGCAGAAGCUCUUUGUACAGCAUUUCGCAUUGUUCUCUUUCUGAUAAUUCCUCUUGAAGUGCAAUAUGGCUCCUUUCUGAAACUCAGAUCCCUCAGAUAAUACCAUAACAGCUCAAAAGGGCUUAGUGUUUUAUUUUUUAAGCGUAGUGUGGAAGUUUUCAUUCUUCCGUCUCAGACUUCCUCCAUUACCAAUUGGCUGAGCUCAUAAUUAGCUGACUAUCACUUCUUUACUAACUGAAUUAGCAAGCCUCUCCAACGGAGAUGUGAAAUAGGCUUAGGUGGAGUUGCAGGAAAUCCCCAAAACUAUCCAAAGGUUUUGCUAACAUUUGUAACAAGCCUGAACAGUGACAGGAGGGAACUAAAUGUUGGUGCAGUGGUUGAUAAAGCCAGUUCACAAGAUCAGUACGAGUUCAAGGAAUGCAGAGGGUAUUUUUUUUAACAUGGAUGCUCCACUCUCCGUGGCUUAAUUCUCUAUAUCUGGGUUCUGGAGAACCUUAAACACAUUUCCAAGGAUUGUUGUGGGUGAAGAGUUGUAAAAGAGGCAGAACUUGUCUCAACAGCUGGUGGCCUCUCAUCCAGUCGUCCUGAAUGUCUGGUUUGUCCCUUUAGACCUCUGGCUCUCCCGAGUUUCUCCACGUCAACCGCCGCCGAGCAUUUUUCACUUCCAGGUUUCCUCCACCCAGAGAGCCGCUCUCUGUCCUAAAUGUUAGAAUUGACACUGUACAUUCUUAAAUAAAAUAUUUUGCGCUCUGGAGCACUUUUCACACGUUA